AUGAACUCUGAGGUUUCGGCAGUCAGGGCUGAGUUGUCUGCUCUGAAAGUCCUCGUCCUAAGGUUGGAAGCGCGUGUGGCAGAGCUUGAGGCUCGAUUGGAAGGUUUUGAGGUUGUGCCUCCUGUGGGGGAAUCUGCAUCACCUGUGCGACCCACUUCCUCUGCCGGGGAACCUGCUACGCCUGCAUCGCAACCAGCUGCUGGCGGCAGCGCCACUGCCACAGUCCUUUCCAGGGACAUUGUGUUUUCUGACGGCAGCUGUGCUGCUUCUCCCGGGGCUCCUGCAUCAGCUUUCCGCACUGCCCUCGCCCAACAAGUGGGGCGGUUCCUGCGUGCGUGCCUGGAAGGAGGACACAGGAAGAGUUCCGGGCGUGAUUUGUUGGAUUUGCAGUCUCGCUAUUACAUUGUUGUACGCGAGUACUCAGGUGUUGUGCACGAUCCUCCUCGCAUUUUCACUGCCUUUGGGAAGGUGAAGCCUCUCUGCUUCCGAGGGUCCGUGUCGCUUUGGGCGCAGCAGGUCUCCUUUGCCCUGCCGGCCGCUGAGGCUUCGGUUUUCGCAGAAGAGGAUCAGGAUGCCGACAUCGUUUUCGUGCUUGCCGGGACAGUCGAGGACACUCUUUCCCAGAUCCAGCGAAGCCUCGCCACCCUUACCGAAGCCCGGCCAGCCGCCGAGGCCUCUCAAGGCUCAGAAGAGGAGCCGGCAUUCCCGAAAGCCAACUUGUUCACAUACCAAGCUGCGGGGGCGAAAGCACUUCCCACAGAACCGCGGCCGAGGGCGGCUGGACCGCUCGACAAGGAGGAAGAUCUUGACGAGAGCGACGAGUCUCCUCCUUUGCCCGGGGAUCCCCUGAGUCAGGCGGUCGUGAAGAUGUCUCAGAUUCUGGCCUCGAUGCACAAAGAAAAGAAAGGAGACCUGCAGAGCUCCUCGACCGCAUCGGUGGAGGACUUCAUGCUGUGCCAAACCGGACCGGGACAGGAGAUUCGCCAAGCGUGGACUUUGGGGGGAAUCAUCGAUGCUCUGAACAACAACAAUCCAGAGCAGGCGAAGGCAAUUGCCCUCCUAGCCCUCGCAGCGCUCGAUCAGAGCGCCAUCGAUUCGGGCAACUGGCUGCUUGCAUCGGAGUUCAGCCUCGAGGGCGCUCCGCCCUUCAGUGCAUUCCAGCGGUCAAGAGUGUUAGAUCCUUUGGAGUCCAAGCAGACAAAGAUCAUGGACAGCAGGUGGGUCAGCAUCUUGAUGAGCCGUUUGAAAGAGCGGGACGCCUUCCCCAGCUCGACUCAAGGGGACGAGCCCCCAGGAGGCGGAAAAGGCGGCGGAGGGAAGCCGGAAAAGCCUCCCCGCAAACCCAAAAAAGGAGGGAAGACUGGAGACAAGGAGAAAGGCAACUGA